AUGGCAGGUAAAGGUGAAAUGGGGAAGUCAAAGAGCGCUUUGGUGUGUGGCUUUCCGAUUAGCAUCUUUUUUAUUGUGGUCAACGAGUUCUGUGAGCGGUUCUCGUAUUAUGGCAUGCGAGCCGUGCUCGUACUUUACUUUAAGUACUUUCUGAGGUGGGAUGAUGACUUUGCCACCACAAUCUACCAUACUUUUGUUGCACUCUGCUACCUGACCCCAAUUCUGGGUGCCAUUGUGGCCGAUUCAUGGCUUGGAAAAUUCAAAACUAUCGUGUACCUGUCCAUUGUGUAUGCAUUAGGGCAGGUGGUCCUGGCGGUCAGUGCCAUCCAUGACAUCACAGACACUAAUAAAGAUGGCACCCCAGACAGCAUGGCUGUACACGUAGCUCUGUCCAUGGUGGGUUUGAUUCUCAUAGCUGUAGGAACAGGAGGCAUCAAGCCUUGUGUUGCAGCCUUUGGUGGGGACCAGUUUGAAGACCAUCAGGAGAAGCAGAGGAGCACCUUUUUCUCCAUUUUCUAUCUGUCCAUCAAUGCAGGCAGUCUGCUGUCCACUGUCAUUACCCCAAUCCUCAGAGCUCAGGAGUGUGGGAUUUACAGCCAGCAGAAAUGUUACUCACUGGCUUUUGGUGUCCCCGCAGCCCUGAUGGUAGUCGCUCUAAUUGUGUUCAUUGUGGGAAGUGGAAUGUACAACAAGACUGCUCCUCAGGGAAACAUCUUGGUGAAAGUCUGCAAAUGCAUCGGAUUUGCUAUCAGUAACCGCUUCAAUCAUCGUCAUCCACAAUACCCGAAAAGAAAUCACUGGCUGGACUGGGCUGAAGAAAAAUAUGAUAAACUUCUGAUUGCCCAAGUGAAGAUGGUGGUUAAGGUGCUGUUCCUCUACAUCCCCCUUCCAAUGUUCUGGGCUCUCUUUGACCAGCAGGGAUCAAGAUGGACGCUCCAGGCAACUACCAUGGAUGGUGAUUUUGGAAUCCUUGUUAUCCAGCCUGACCAGAUGCAGACGGUCAACCCCAUCUUGAUUCUGGUUUUGGUGCCCAUCGUGGACAGUGUGCUCUACCCACUCAUCUCCAAAUGCAAGCUAAACUUCACUCCGUUAAAAAGGAUGACAGUGGGGAUGUUCCUCGCCGCUCUGGCAUUUGUUUCUGCAGGCCUGGUCCAAAUCCAGAUUGAUCAAACGCUGCCCACAUUUCCAGCAAGUACUGAGAGCCAAGUGAAGUUCCUCAACAUGCUGAAUAAGCCAUUGGACAUCAAGGCUGGGUCACAAUCACUUAAAUUGGAUGCUUUUACGGCCAACAUUGAUUACUUGACCUUUGAUGAGCCCUUUUCUCUUGAACUGGCCCCAGAUGCUAUUUAUCCUAUCAGUUUGAGUGAUGGAUCUCGGAAUACUCUGGCAAUUCUCCAGGAUGGGCCCUUGCCCAGGCCAGUAAUGUUUGAAGACAUCACGGCCAAACCAGAGCAAGGAGCUAAUGGGAUAAGAUUUUUCAAUGGCCUUGACUCUCCUUUAAAUAUAACCGUUGGUAAUUUGGGCGUCAAGGAUGUUACUGCUUCAAACAUGUCAGAAUAUUUUGCUGUACCACAGGGAAAUGCACAGUUCUUGAUCAAGAACACCACAGGAGGUCAUUGUAUCUACAACAAGCAUCUUGGCUUUGGCAGCUCUUACACCUUGAUCAUCCCACCCAAUUUUCAUUUUGGACCAAAUUGUGAACAGGAUAUCCGUCAAGUGAAUGACAUCAGAGAAAACUCGGUCCACAUGGCCUGGCAGAUUCCUCAGUACUUCCUCAUCACUGCAGGAGAAGUUGUCUUUUCAGUUACAGGCCUGGAAUUCUCCUACUCACAGGCACCCAGCAACAUGAAAUCGGUGCUUCAGGCUGGUUGGCUGUUAACGGUUGCUGUUGGUAAUAUCAUUGUGCUCAUUGUUGCUGAGGCAGCAACACUUGAAGAUCAGUGGGCUGAGUACAUUCUCUUUGCAUCCCUGCUGGUGGGGGUGUGCAUCAUCUUUGCCGUUAUGGCUUACUUCUACACAUACACUGACCCAACCAAGAUUGAAGCUCAGUUCAGAGAGAUGGAGCCCAAUGAUAAGCAGAAGACGGAUAGAAAGGACUCCUUAGAACGUAGCAAUGAAAAGAAGAGUUAUGAUUCCAGUUCAGAUGAGGAGGGAGCUUUUGCACAGACCAAGAUGUAA